GUUUGCCUUUAAGAGUGUGAUGGGCGUAGUUUCAGGCACAGUGACCUCAGCGAGGUAGAGUUUCUACUCAGUUGUGUUACUAAAACACCUGUUCUGUUGCCGCUCAAACACGGAGCCAAAGUCGACGGUGUGUUUUCGGAACAAAUUUUGAAACGUUUAUGACCAGGCCCAAUUUGUUUUCAAUUGUGUUUUUUGUAUAUAUUCUGCGGCAGCGCUGGUUUGCUGAAUAUGGGGCCUCUUGCGAGUCUGGAUGUGCUUUCGUGGCUGUUGAUGGCCUCUGCUCUCCAAGUGUCGAGUGUGCGGGCCACUUACCUGUGCACUGCCUACCUGAACAUUUCCUACGUCAUUUCAGAAACAAACCAAACCAUCUGGCAUCAAGAGGAGAGCGGCUUAUAUGGACAAGAUUCACCCAAAAUAUCUGUAGCGGGGAAUGUUUAUUUAGCUGAACCGAUCUACGGUUGUGAGUUGGACACGGUUUAUCGCCGACCGAACGGCUCUAGGGGUUGGAUCGCCUUAAUUCAGCGCGGAAACGGAUGCACUUUCUCCAACAAAAUUAACGUCGCGGCUAGGAAAGGAGCCGCCGCUGCUAUUAUUUUCAAUGACGACGUAAGCGAAAAUCGGGUCAUUCAGAUGUCUCACCCAGGCACGAGCAUCGUUGCCGUUAUGAUUGGGCACAUCCGUGGGAUGGAGCUGUUUGGGCUGCUGAAGCAAGGCAUGCCAGUUGCCUUAGCAAUAGAGGUCGGGAAGCAACACGGUCCCUGGAUGAGCCACUAUUCCGUGUUUUUCGUUUCCAUCGCCUUCUUCAUCGUCACCGCGGCGACGGUUGGAUACUUCAUCUUCUACUCCGCACGGAGACUGAACGGCCUCAGACAGCAGACCCGCAAACAGAAAAAACUGAAGGCUGAAGCAAAGAAGGCGAUUGGUCAGUUGCAGGUUCGCACUUUGAGACAAGGGGAUCAGGAGACUGGCCCUGAUGCUGAUACCUGUGCAGUGUGUAUUGAAUUGUACAAACCUGGAGAUGUGUUGUCAAUUCUUACAUGCAAUCAUUUCUUCCAUAAAUCUUGCAUAGAGCCAUGGCUGCUGGAGCACAGAACCUGCCCUAUGUGCAAGUGUGAUAUUCUUAAAGCACUCGGAGUUGAGAUGGAUGUGGAGGAGCAGCCACAGAUUUCAGUGCAUGAUUUUAGGUCUUUUUCUACCUCUGAGGACUUCCACAGUGAGACAGCAUCACACACACAUAGUGAGACAGCAUCCUCUGGAUAUGCAUCCAUGCAUGGACACGAGCAGCUCGGUCCUGCUGAAGACACAAGAAAUGGUUUGCAAGAGGAGCAGCUGGAUGUGCCACAUCAGUAUGAUAAUUUUGCCUUCGAGAAUGACAUUCACAACCAGAGUGAAGUCAGGACCUGAGCGGCUGUCUGUGACACCAACACACAGCACUCAUACAAAUGAAUAGUUUUGAUUCAAGGACUUCUAAUAAUUUUCAAGCACUGCUGAGCCCUUUUCUGAUUAGGUUCUGACUAAGUGCCUAUAAAUUCUCUUUCUCUGUGUGUGUGUGUGUUCGACUGUUUGUCUCUGUGGGUGAUCUCAAUGAUUUGAUUUCUGGGCUGAUCAGAGGUCACGGUUUAAUUCUCUGUGGCUAAUUCAGGGUAUUGUUAUUGAUGAUUCAGGGUUUAAUUCCCACUGUGGUUGUGUCAGGGUUUGAGACUUCCAGCCUUCAAUAAUAUAAUGAUGAAGUCAGAGCAGCUGUGGAGAUGCACAAUGAGAGACUGAGUGCUCCAAUUGCUGUUCGUUAGUGGACAUAACACUCACUGUACUUUCUCCCCUGUUAUUCACGGUUUAUUAGACAAUAUAUUGUUCCAAUUUUUAUGGAAAUUUUAGAAAUAUUGUGCCUUACACCCAUUUAUGUGUGCAAAUGUAUAAAACUCUGCAUAGAUUUAAUGGGGCUGGUUUUAAAAUGUAUUUUAAGUUCUCUUGAUUUGAAUAUUUAAAUAAGAAAUGGAAAUAUUCUUAAUUCUUUGAAUGAAUAGUACAGACAUAAAGAUUAACAUUGUAAAUAAAAUA